CGUUCAUGUUGUGCGGUUGUGGGCUUUGGGCCAUUGCAGAUUUGGACCAUUGCAGAUCGGGUUGUUUGGACAUUUGGGUCCAUUUCUGUCACCCCAACCAACACCCUAACACCACCUCUAUCACCCAAUUACAGUAUUCACACACACACACACAUUCGUUUCUUCGUUUCUUCUUUUCUUCUUUUCUCCCUUUACCGUAGACCACAGAGACCAUCUUGGUUGCCCCCAUCUCAGCCUUCCGUAAUCCCACCCUCCGUCACGGCGGGAUUGUCUGAGCCCCGACCGCCGAGUCAUGGCCCGCCGAGAGAUCGAGGAAUUCAAGCAAAAGCUACAUCCAAACGCGAAGCUCCGGGCGUGGUAUGCGUCGCACACCUUCGGCGGAACAACCAAAGUCCGGUCCUUGAAGAUCCUCGGUUUCAGCAAAGUCAACUUCUACUACAUCGCUGGGGCACUUGGAGCCCUAGCAUUGAUAGCAGCUGUGACAGGUGGCCUCGGAGUCAGGAAUUCACUGCAGAAAGCGAAGGUCCAAGGUGCGGCGCAAGGAAUCCCCGGACAACCGGCGGUGCAGUCCACAACGCAGAGGAGGACGAGGACGCUGGUUUCCAAUGGCCAGACGAUUGUCACCACCGAGACCUCGGCUUUUCUUACUACAUUCAUACGUGGAGCUGGGACGACACAGAUCAGAACUAAGAAUGAGCAGGGAGAGGAUGUAACACUGCCGGCAAGUUUGUCGAUAUUCACCAAUUCGGACGGCAAUAUCGCCACGAGCACGUUUGUGGGCACUGGGAUCUUUGUUACCAAUGAUCAAGGCAUCGGCGAGCAAACUUUCAUCUAUGGUGAGCCACAAGUCAUCACGAGUAAUGGGCAAGAGAUCACCACUACGCGGUAUGCUGGUCUGUCGAUUGGAACCGAUGAAAAUGGCCAGACGGUGACUAGCUACGAUGCCCCGGAACCAACACCUGGUGCUACUGCAACUGGAGAUGGCGGGGGCCCGGAUAUCACCGAUGCUCCUGGGGGGACUGCAACUGGAACGAACGGAGUGCCUCCAAGUGCAACCACCACCGUGGCCAUGUCCAGCUCUACAAGACCUACCACCACUGCAACCUCACGACCCUCGUCAUCGUCCAAGGCUUCGACAUCCUCAGCAAGUGGAGGCGGAGGAGGAGGAGGUGGCGGUAGCGGGGAAGAAUUCGAAGGCGAGGCGACAUUCUACGCACCCGGCUUAGGAUCCUGCGGUACAGAAGCAACAGAUGCCGACUUCGUAGCAGCCUUGAGUAAGGUCCUAUUCGACGCAACAGGCGCCACCAAUUCCAACAACAACCCCUAUUGCGGCCGGAAGGCGUUGCGUCAGGCAGGCGGUGGCGGAGUGACGAUAACGAUUGUCGAUAGGUGCCCGGUUUGCGCACAGUACGACUUGGACCUGUCACCGGCAGCAUACAACAUUUUGGGGGAUGCGGAUGCGGGCAGGAUCCCGAUCCGAUGGAGUUGGUUAGAUUGA